UUUUACUAAAUUCAAUUUGAAAUUUAUUAUUUUUUCCAUGGUUUUUCGUUCGUUCAUUCUUAAUCAUCAACGAUCAUGUUGGAUCUUUUUGCCAUAUUCAGCAAAGGCGGUAUCGUCUUAUUUGCUGCCGUAAAUUCAUCGGUUCAAGAUUUUAAUUCAUACUUGAAUCGUAUCAUACGUAAUGUGAUUCUAGAGGAUCGUGUGGAUAAAUUUCAAAUCGAUACACUUUUAUUACAAUUCUAUCUUGAUAAUGAAUUCGAAUUGGUGUUUGUCGUUGGCUAUCAAAAGAUGCUUUCAUUGUCUUAUAUUGACAAAUUUUUGAAUGAUAUUCAACUUGCAUUUCGCGAUAAGUAUAAAAAUUUUGAUUCAAAAAAUUUACAUUGGCUUUAUACAAAUCAGCGGCAGAUUUCGAAUAAAAAACAGAAUGAAAGUGGAAAAGGAAAAAUUUAUCUGGACCAAAGUAUUCAAUCUGUCGAUACAAAUUUAAUCGAUUUUAUCAAUGAAUUUCAAAACAUUUAUUCUUCUUGUAAUCGUUAUCAUCAACAAGCUGGAUCACGUCCGCAUGCGGCUGAAAUGCGAACAUUUGAACAGAGCCAAAAAUCAAAGAAAACUGUUGCUUCAAUGAUCAUUCAAUCAAAAAAUCAUCCAAACAAAUCUGAAACAAAUAAAAAUCAAUCGAAUCACACUAACGGUGAUAUUGAAGCAAAAACAUUGGAUAAAGAUGAAAUAUUGAAAAAAUUGGCUGCCAAAUCGGCCAAAAUUGGAUCACCUAAAUCAAAAAAACCAUCUAAACCGGAGCCUAAAAAGAAAGUAAAAAAACCGACUGUAUGGGAGUUUGGUGGCAAAAAUGAUUCCAAUCUGGAUUUCAGUAAAAAAGAUGCAGAUGAUCGUCCAGAAUCAUCGGUCAUACGUAAUAUGGCAAAUUCGGAUAUGAUUGGCAAAGAUCUUGAUAUGCAACCAGAUUUGGAUUUUAACGUUAGCGAUGAUGAUGAUGACGAUAAUGAUUAUGAUGAAAAUGUUGCCGUGGAUAAACCAAUGCCUACACAAUCCGGGUUUUUUGGCUCCAUUAUGAAUACAUUUUCGUAUAACAAAACAUUGAGUAAAGCGGAUUUAGAUCCAAUCCUGGCUAAUCUACGUGAUCAUUUGAUAGCAAAAAAUGUUGCUGCUGAAAUCGCUACAAAACUUUGUGAUAGCGUAUCUAAUAAAUUAAUCGGUCAAAAUGUUAAUACUUGGAUUGGCUUGAAAUCAUUCGUCAAGAAUGCCCUUGAAGAAUCUAUUCUACGAAUCUUGUCGCCAAAUCGUAAUUUGAAUAUUUUACGUGAAGUACAAAUGAAAAAUGAUUCCGCUAAUCCAUAUGUGAUUGUUUUUUGUGGCGUCAACGGUGUUGGUAAAUCUACUAAUUUGGCUAAAAUAGCAAAUUGGCUAUUGCUCAAUGAUAAAAGAGUACUGGUGAUUGCUUGCGAUACUUUUCGUGCCGGAGCCAUUGAACAACUUCGAACACAUAUUCAUGCUUUGAAAAAUAUUCAUGAAAACUCAAAUGGUGGUGGUUCAUCAUCGAAAAUUGAUCUUUAUGAGAAAGGAUAUGGAAAAGAUGCUACAGGUAUUGCUAUGGAAGGUAUACGUUAUGCUAGUAACAAUGGCUAUGAUGUUUGUUUGGUUGACACGGCUGGCCGAAUGCAAGGAAAUGAACCAUUGAUGAAACAGUUGGCUAAAUUGAUCAAAGUGAAUGAACCUGAUUUGACAUUAUUCGUUGGUGAAGCUCUUGUUGGUAAUGAAGCUGUUGAUCAAUUGGUCAAUUUUAAUCGAGCUUUAUUGGACAAUGGAUGCCGUAGUGCUGCAAAUGAUAGCGUAUCAGCUAUCAACGGUAUUGUUUUGACAAAAUUCGAUACAAUUGAUGAUCAAGUUGGUGCUGCUAUUUCAAUGACUUAUAUAACUGGCCAGCCAAUUGUGUUUGUCGGUGUUGGACAAACAUAUCGAGAUUUAAAACAGCUAAAUGCUCGUGCUGUUGUACGAGCAUUGAUGAAAUAAACUCAAAAAUACACACACACACACACAUAAAUAAAAUCCUAAUGGCUUGAAUUUAAA